AUGAGGAAACAUUAUCUUAAAUGCGCAAAAACCAAGAUUAAUGUCAGCAAUAUUAGCUAUGGGAAGUUUUUAGGAGAUGAUUUUAUCAUGAGCAAGUAUUCAGAGGUAGAUGGAAAUGACAUAAAUAUAGAAAAGAGUACUGAGCUCUAUUCCAUCUCAAAUCCUUCCAUGAUGUCUUCGGAUCAUUUGGUUUCUCUCCUAAAAACCGUAACUAAUAGAAGAGGAAUUCCUUCCCUAUUUAUUAGGAAAAUUGAACCAUUUUUGUUAGUAAAACUUGAAGAUUUUUCAUUAAAAAACAUUUAUGAGAUAAUAUGUUUGCUGAAAUUUGCUAAAACAGUUCCAGAUAACAUACUCAAUGUCUUAUUAAAGUUAGUAGACAAAGAAAUACAGAAAACCACACCUGAAUCAUUAGAUGUCAAAUUAGUAAUAGAUGCAUUUCUAAAAUUGGUAGAUCUCUAUAGGGAAAAAGACUUCCCAGUCAUGGAAGCCACAACAUGGAUCGAUAAAUAUGUAGAUUACUUCGAUAUAUUCCAACUAUUGGGGGCAAUUAAGGUAUACAAAAGGUUUAUUGGAAAAAUUGAAACUGAAAAACUAGAAAAAUUAACGUUGAAAGUUUUUUCUAAACCGUUGGGCACUUUUUUAGGCAAUAGAUUUACAUUAAAUCAUUGUAAUGUUGUGGCUAAUACUUUGGAUCUAAUUUCAUUAAAUAGUCUACAUAAUGCAAAUUCCAAAUUUAUCUCACAUUUACAUACCAAAGAAUAUACAAAAAAAGUUUUAUACCCACUAAUUAAAGAAAAUUUAAAAUUGUUUACUGCUGAUAAUAUAACAAAAAUUGUUGAAUCCAUCAGAGUUAUAGGAGAACCAUAUCCUACAGAUAUUCUAGAUUCUUUAUCCAGUAUAUACAUCAAACAUAUAUCGCAAUAUUCAUUUGAGAAUAUGAUGAUUAUUAUAAAAAAUAUGACCCAAAUGAAGUUUCACAGUGACAAUUUAUUAAUCAACACAUUGACUUUUCUUCCGAGAAAAAUACAAUCAAUAGAUUCUGUUGAAAAUAUUAUGCUGCUGUUAGAUAAUUAUUUAGAAAAUCAGCAUAUCAGUGAAUAUUUUAAGAUCUUUGUAACUCAGCAAAUGUUACAAUUGGCAUAUAAAGUAGGGAACAGACAUCAUAAGGAAUUAACUAUAAAGUUAAAUAGGAUGCUCCAUAAUAUGCCAAAAGCUGGAGGAGCUGGUGAUGAUGACAGAUACAUUGAAGACAUCAUAAAUUACAAAUUAAUGUAG